GCCGAUUCAUUCACAUCUGCUCAGUGGGGCGACAAGGACAGGGCUUUAGGUGGGAAAGAGGGCAGAAAAAAGUUCACUUUUCCCUGCCGGGUGCCAAGAGAACGGGACGGGACUCAACUUCGAGGGAGCCGCAGCUGUGUGCUACGGACCGAUCAUGGGUGACUGGAGUUUUCUGGGAAACAUUUUAGAGGAAGUCAACGAGCACUCCACAGUGAUUGGCAGGGUGUGGCUCACGGUGCUCUUCAUCUUCCGCAUCCUCAUCCUGGGCACAGCGGCGGAGUUCGUGUGGGGCGACGAGCAGUCCGACUAUGUGUGCAACACGCAGCAACCCGGCUGCGAGAACGUGUGCUACGACGAGGCCUUCCCCAUUUCACACAUCCGCCUGUGGGUGCUGCAGAUCAUUUUUGUGUCCACGCCGUCUCUGGUGUACGUGGGCCAUGCCGUGCACCACGUGCACAUGGAGGAGAAGCGCAAGGAGCGCGAGGAAGCCGAACUUAGCCGGCAACAGGAGCUGAGCGAGGAGAGACUGCCGCUGGCACCCGAUCAGGGAAGCGUCCGCACCACUAAAGAGACCAGCACCAAAGGAAGCAAAAAGUUCCGACUGGAGGGAACCUUGCUGAGGACCUACAUCUGUCAUAUCAUUUUCAAGACACUCUUUGAGGUGGGCUUUGUGGUGGGCCAGUACUUCCUGUACGGCUUCCGCAUCCUGCCGCUUUACAAAUGCAGCCGCUGGCCCUGCCCUAACACCGUGGACUGCUUUGUGUCUCGUCCAACAGAGAAAACUGUCUUCAUCAUCUUCAUGUUGGCCGUAGCUUGCGUCUCGCUCUUCCUCAACUUUGUGGAGAUCAGCCACCUGGGCCUCAAGAAGAUCCGCUUUGUUUUCCGCAAGCCGGCCCCCGCUCCGGCACAGGGCGAGGGGUCGGCCCCCUUGACGCUUGGGAAGAGCCUACCCCCCUUGGCCGUGUCUUCGCUGCAGAGGGCCAAAGGUUACAGGCGAUUGGACGAGGAGAAAGUUCCCCCCAUAACGCAUCUCUACCCGCUGGCCGAAGUGGGCAUGGAGGCCGGAAGGGGCGCGCCGCCAUUCCACGGGCUGGAGGAGAAGGCGGAGGAGGAGGAAGAGCUGCCCAUGGGGGACAUUCCCAAAGCCUACGACGAGAGUCUGCCCUCCUAUGCCCAAACCACAGAGACCGGAGGGGUGACAUUGCAUCAAGUGGAUGGGGCAGAGGAGGCGCAGCCGACGGGGGUGGAGGGUGGAGAGUGGCAGGGUGCCGACACAGAGGUCCAGGGAGUGGUCACCAGGGAGGGGGAAAACACGGCCCAGGCGGGGAGGAAGGCAUCGAUAGAGGACAGCAGACCUCUGAGCCGGCUGAGCCAAGUUAGCAGUAAGGCCAGGUCGGACGACCUCACCGUAUGAACCUGUGAGGGCGACCCAUGCAUGUACCACUGUACCACACCAACACAUCUGCAGAAGAGCACACACACUUACUCACAUUCUAGAAAACCAACAGAGCCGGUUUGGGCCUUAAUUAAAAUUAUUGGCGAUUGAAUAUAGGGGAAUUGCCUAUUGUGGGCAAUGGAAUGCCAUUCCAGAACUAAGGUGUC